AUGUUGGGGCAGAGCAUCUGGAGGUUGACCACCGCAGUGGUCCAAAGGAGCCAACGUGAGGACGGCCCUGGAAAGAAUUUGCCAUUUUCUGUGGAAAAGAAGUGGAGGUUGCUGGUUGUGAUGACCGUGUUCUUUGGGUUGGGGUUUGCUGCACCUUUCUUUAUAGUAAGACACCAACUGCUUAAGAAAUCAGGAAGUUUAAGUUCAUCUGUGAAACAGAUGAGAAGGCCGACCUCUGAAAACUGGAUCUAGCUCUGUUGAACUCAAUAGCAUACUGGUUAUGUUUGUAAAUAAACUUACUACAUGGAAAAAAUAAAGUAAGCAUAUAUUAAUGGUGUUAAGUGCUGUGGCGUAAAACCAAAGGAGAAAGAGAUAGGAAUUAUGGGAAGCGGCGUGGCAAGUAUAAAUGGUGUGGCCUCACUGAAAACUCAUUUGUUUUGAACCCUGACCAGGAGGUGAGUGUAGCAAGU